AUGUCUAUCAGGUUGGGCCUUUCUCUCCCGCAUGGAAUAGUCGCAUGUGCGUUGAGGGGGCUGCUUGGACAUCAACCAACUGAUGAUCAGCUGGAGGGUCACAAUCGAGUCCUCCUGGCUGCUCUGGACUUGUUUCAAGUCACAACUGUCUCAAAUCACCAAACAACGGCACAGCUUGGGCAUGCGGGAAUGAUCCUUGCCAUGCUCGAGCUCAUGCAGAAAACUGAUGUGGCAUGCCUGCCGGCUGUGACAGCCAUGCUGCGAUGCUUGGAGCUGGCAGCAGAGGUGUCGGGGACUGCCGCCCUGGUCUUGUUUCGAGACUUCAGCGGCCUGCAGGCCUUCUCAUUGAGACUCCAGAGAGAAGUGGAACUGAUGAUGGCUUUGGACUUCACCGGCGAUGCUUUCGAGCUGGAGCCACCUGGCAGGGAGGCCACACGAGAGGAGAAGCAGAGGUAUUGGCAGCUCCUCGAGGAGGUCACCGCACGGCGGAAGCUUUGCCGCCAACUGCUGAAGAACAUCCAGACCGCCCUGCAGUGCACAGAGGUGCUGCAGGCCGGACUGGCCAACGUCUUCCAGGGCCCUUUGAUGGAUGCGCUGAAGACCGCUCUGAAGGAGCCGUCAAAGGUCGGGCUGUCCCUGUUCGGCACCGCCAUCGACAUCGUGUCCAGCAUCAUACAAGAUGAUCCUGCACGGGUUCCUCAGAUGAUCGACUCCGAGGUUCUGCCUGGAAUCAUGGCGGCCCUGAGCAAAGACACGAUGCGAAGUGCAGAAUGCGUCUCCUUUGUGCCCGGGGUGCUUGCAUCCAUCGCUCUUCAUUCGGUCGGUGAGGAUUUCCUCCUCAAUUCGCCGUCAAAGCCCAUACAGCUGUUGACCGACAUCCUCGUGGAUCCAAGCUUCGCUCCCCUACUUCACUCUCAACCGGAAAUCGCUCAGAUCAUGAGUACCCAGGUGGACAAGGUUCUUCGAAAUCGGCCGGCCGGGCCCAACAAGCUCACUGACCACGUGGUCGACUGUAUGCUUGCGGGAAUGCGCAGCAUCCUGGACCAAGCCAAGGACUACCCUGAGUGGACGCCUUUAGAUCUGGAGGACCACACAGAGUAUUUGGCAGACCGCCUCGUCUGCUUCAGUCGUUUCUGCUGGUCCAUCUUGUCCACGAACGAGCAGACUUUGAAAUCCUUCCUCGAGAAGAAAGGAUUGGCCUUGGUGCGGGAACUUCACGAGUUGCCUUGUCUGCCGUACCAUUUGACAUCGCUAGAGGGUGCGGUGCCUUGA